AUGUCCAGCGCGACCAAAGUCAAUGCCGACCCGGCCGAGGUUGAGAAAACACCCGUUUAUGAUGGCCAUGGAACCGAAGAAGAUCCAUUCGUUGUGGAGUUUCAAAAAGAUGAUCCGGGCAAUCCCAUGAAUUGGGGCUCUUUCAGAAAGUGGUUUAUCACAUUUGUUGCGACGAUCUCGGUUUUUGCUGUCACUCUGACCUCCUCCGCAUACUCCGUCUCCGCCAACGAGGUCUUUCAAGACUUCGACAUUAGCUCCGAAGUCUUCACUCUCGGUCUUUCCCUUUUCGUCCUAGGGUUUGCUAUCGGUCCCGCUCUAUGGGGCCCUCUAUCUGAACUGUACGGCAGACAGAAACUGUGGAUCAUUACCCACGUCGCCAUGGUAGCCUUCCUGGGGGGAUCAGCUGGGAGUAAAAAUGUGGCUACGCUGUUGAUAUUGCGCUUCUUUGCCGGCACAUUUGGGGCAUCUCCCCUCGUCAACUCCGGCGGCACAAUCGCCGAUCUCUUCCCGCCAGCUCAACGUGGACUCGCCCUCACCGUUUACUGCGUUGCACCGUUCCUUGGUCCCGUCCUUGGCCCGGUCAUGGGAGGCUUUAUCUCCGAAAAUGUUGGCUGGAGGUGGGUUCAAGGCGUGUGCACUAUCUUCAUCGGGAUUGUCGGCAUCCUUGGAGUCAUCUUUAUUCCCGAGACUUACGGCCCGGUCCUGCUGCAACAAAGGGCUAGUCGUUUGUCAAAGGCGGAUGGAAAGUUUUACAUUAGUGUUCUUGAGAAGAGUCAGGGCAAAAAGAAGCCAUCUGAAGUCUUCCAGCGAGCCCUGUUUCGUCCCUGGAUCUUUCUGUUCCUUGAGCCAAUCGUCUUGAUCGCUUCGGUCUACAUGGCAAUCAUCUAUGGUACAGUUUAUAUGUUUAUGGGAGCUAUGCCAAUUGUUUAUAACGAAGGCCGUGGCUGGAGCGAGGGAAUUGGGGGACUUUCAUUCCUUGGUAUUGCCGUCGGCAUUGUGUUUGGUCUUAUCUAUGCGAUCUGGGACAACAACACCCGGUAUAUGAAACUGGUCCUCGCGAAAAGCACAACAGCCGAAUCCCGACUACCACCUGCUAUCGUUGGUGCAGUCGCUCUCCCGAUCGGAAUGUUUGCAUUUGCAUGGACCAAUUACCCCAGUAUCCAUUGGUCGGUAGCUAUCAUUCUAUCUGCACCUUUCGGCUUCGGAUGUGUUCUUGUUCUACUGCCAAUCAUGAACUACUUGAUCGACUCCUAUACAAUCUACGCGGCUUCAGUCUUGGCCGCGGCUGCUAUUUUCCGUUCGGUCAUUGGUGCUGUGUUUCCUCUGUUCACGACACAGAUGUAUCACAAUCUGGGUAUUCACUGGGCGUCUAGCAUCCCGGCCUUCAUGACACUGGUAUGCGUGCCGUUCCCGCUAAUCAUGUAUCGGUACGGUAUGCAAGUGCGUAUGAAGUGCAAGUACUCGUUUGAAGCGGCGGAGACCAUGAAAAAGAUGCAGAUGCAGCAGGCCCAGGCCAACCAAGCAAAAGAGGAUGAUGCGGGCUCAGAAUAA